GGGGGGGGACCUUCGUGCCAUCCAGUCCCAAUGGACUCUGGAAGAGCAGACUCCACAAGCUGGCUGUGUUUACACGGGCUCCUCUUUCUGCUGGGGGCGGGGGAGCUGGUCGGGCAGGAGCCGGGGCGAUGUUUACAACCAUAUGUUGGCCGGACUGGCAGAGAAGGGACAAUUCUCUCUGCCCAGCGCUGAGACCCGCUUCAGUUGCAAGACGGGGCCGGGAAUCACCCCUCUCUCAAAGCCAGGAGCCUGCCCGCUCUCUGCCGAUGCAAUGCGUCCGGAGAGCUGCCCCCCUUUGCCCCCCCACCCUAGACACGGGGGACUAGCUCUUUGCAGAACGAUAACGAGUAGAUGGUUAAAGCCCCCCCCCCACACACACACACUCUUUGCACGGGGGUGACGGCACGCGGCGUUGCGAUGCAUGGAUGUGGCUUGCAGAGGUCGGUUGUUUUGUGGCUCCGGACAGGAGCAAAAGGGAGCCCCCCCCCCAAAAAAAGGAGAGCAUCGGGCUGCAACGCUCAAGCCCAUCUCCCCCUGGCGCGCUGGGAGGCCGGCCGGGGCUGCUCGGGAAGGCGCUGGUAGGGAGCAGGAGGAGGAGGCUGUGUGUGCUCUGCUCGCAGGCUGUUAUGGUAAUGUUGACAGGAGAAGCAGCGAGGUAGGGUUACUCUCGGUCAAGCAGAGCUCUGGGGCCGAGGAAAGGGUGGGGGGGGGAGCAGUAGCAAUGCACUGGGUUCCUUCGCUUCUUAGCCCCGCCAGGUGGGCUAAACACACCCCAAAGGCAACCCCAAAUCCGGACUCACAGCCUGGCAAGGCCGAGGGGCUCUGAAAUGCAGCACCCCCUCUCCCAGCUUUCUGCCCCGUGCAACGAAUCAGUGGCAAGGGAUCCAUUCCCGAUUGAGAAAUUAGCAUAGAAAUGCCUGGAACGAAUGUGUGAUCGGCAUGUGUAUGCGAGCGAGGCAGCGGAUGACUGCUUCCCCAGCGCGGCAGCGGUUGCUGUAGAUUAAAGUGUUUCCUCUUUAAGAAGGCAGGGGAAAGUGGAGGAGCUUUUCAGAAGCCUGCUUUCUCCAAAAGGGCUCUGGGGCGUUUGCAAGCAGUGGAAUGGGGAAACCACGCGAGCUGGAAAGCAUUCUUCUGAGCUUCCUACUAACGCUCAAAAAACAACAAGGAGUCCAGUGGCGCCUUAAAGACUAACAGAUUUAUUUGGUCAUAAGCUUUCGUGGGUAAAAAAACCCACUUCUUCAGAUGCUAAUAUAGAUAACCCUUAGGCUGCCCCCUAACACCACCCCUUUAAAAGUGGCGAUCACCAUAUCAUGCUGUAUCAAAUGCAUCCUCUCUUUAGUGCACCUUGCGGAGGCUUUCGCUUGAACUUUCACUGUGUGGUAUAUGCUGGUGGGAUAUCCGUAACAGAUUAUCCAGGAAUGGUGGAUCACUUGCUUCCUGCUGAUGAAUAUUUUUCAUCCACAAGAUCCCCCGUUGGAUACUUUGGGGACAUGAUGGCCGGUGGGAGGUCGUAUCAGAUGCUGCCCUCACCUGUGUCAGAAGAUGACAGCGAUUCUUCAAGCUUUUGCUCUUGUUCCAGUCCUGAUUCCCAGGUUCUCAGCUCUAGCUAUGGAAGCACAUCUAGCGCUGAAAGUCAAGAUAAUAUUUUAGAUUAUUUACUGUCCCAGGCUUCCUUGGGGAACACCCCUGCUUCUUGGUGGGACAAAAGGAGACUUCAACCAGUAGUGAAAGAGGAGUAUUUCAGAUUGCCUGAGUUCGCAGUGGAUAUGGAAGAUUCUGGACCAUUUCAGCCCACACUUGAGGAGAUUGAGGAGUUUCUGGAAGAAAACAUGGAGUUGGAUCUCAAGGAAGGGCCUAAAAGUGAGACCAAGGACUUGAGAGCUUGCAGCCAAGUUUCCGUUGCUUCAGUCCAGCAAAAAGACCAUCUGGUACCUAGCGUUAAUUUAAAAGAAAGUAAAAGUGAACAAUCAAGUAGCUCAACAGAAGGUAGCGAUGUUUCAAACGGAGCUCUAUCCCUGGAGGGAGGGAUACCUGUCAUGCUCCAAAUUCAGCCUGUACAGAUCAAACAAGAGUCAAAUACAAGCCCUAGUUCACAAGGACCAGCCCAAGAGAAUAUUAAAAUUGCACAGCUCCUAGUCAACAUUCAAGGACAGACAUUUGCACUUGUGCCGCAGAUUGUUCAGUCAUCCAAUUUGAACUUGUCCUCUAAAUUUGUCCGCAUAGCUCCAGUCCCUAUUGCUGCAAAGCCUAUUGGGCCAGGAGGCAUGAUCCAGGGUCAAACGGGGAUCAUCAUGGGCCAGAAAUUUCCAAAGAACCCUGCGGCAGAACUCAUUAAAAUGCACAAAUGUUCUUUCCCUGGCUGUACCAAGAUGUACACUAAAAGCAGCCAUUUGAAAGCGCACCUGAGGAGACACACAGGAGAAAAACCUUUUGCAUGCACGUGGCCCGGUUGUGGAUGGAGGUUCUCCAGAUCAGAUGAGCUCUCCCGGCACAGACGCUCCCACUCUGGAGUGAAACCUUACCAGUGUCCUGUCUGCGAGAAGAAAUUUGCUCGAAGUGACCACUUAUCCAAACACGUCAAGGUGCACCGGUUCCCUAGAAGCAACCGCUCUGUGCGCUCAGUGAACUGAUUGGUCCCGCCUACCCCUUGCCACCCGUCCAUCGCAGAACAGCCGACAACAGCACUUUGCUCACUAUAUUUCUUGUGAUAAUUUAUUUGUCUCCAUAGAACAGUCAGCGCUGUUACUUCACACUACCGCCUCUGAAUGUUUUGUGUCCUACAAACAUAAUUUGAGAACAAAGUUCUUUUGGGGGAGGGUGGGGUGGGUUUUUUAUUAAUAUUAUUAUUAUUAUUAUUUUAUUUUAUUUUCAUUUCCUUCUAUCUUUCCCUUUGCUGCUGCUUCUUUUUGGAAAUUACAGUGUUUUAUUUUUAGCUGUUUUCUGCUGCACAAGGCAAAUUUAUGGGCUACUUGCUGCUAGUUAAUUAUAGUCCUGGCAUUCCUGAGGGCUUUGCUCAUGUACAGGGCCAUUCAUUGUGAGUUUUUAUUAAGCUGGUCUAUUUGUCCAGUUUGGAAACAGUAAAUUCCUUUUGAAAUGAAAACAGCUCCUUUGUUUUUCAGUCGCCUGAGCCAAGGAUUUGUGGGGGCAGGCAAAAGGAGGAGGAGGAACGGUUGGGAGGUGGGGAGUAGUGGGAUUGGAAUUGGUGUCCCUGAUUUCGCUAACACACCAUCCUUCAGUGGUCCUUGCUGUUCAUAACUUGGUCGGCAAAUCUCGUGCACCCGGAAACUGGAACUGACAAUGUCUUUAAAACAAAAACCCCAAACGCUCAGGCCAGAUUAAAUGGGCUGGAAUGAAGGCCUUUCACUGUGGAUCAGAGUAAACUGCCUGCAUGCCUUCCAUCUUAUGUGGCCAAUGUGUUGAGCGUAGGGAGAUGCCUACAUAUUUAAGGAAACAGUGAUUACACCUUGGCUCUGGCUGAAACGAUCCUCUUCAUUAUCAGGAGUGUUGUUGGUUAGAGCAGGGGGGACUGGAUGUCAGCACUCCUAGUUUCUAUUCCUGGCUCUGCUGUCAUCUCACGGUGUGACAUUGGGCAAGCACCAAUCCUGAAAGGUGCUGGGUGGGCAUCUUUAACUCCCCCUGACUUCAGCAGAUGCCUAGCAGACUUGGGCCCUGAAACUCUUCAUAGCUUGGUUCCCCCAUCUGUACAAUGAGGAUAAUAAUACUUAUAUCCCACCCAGGAGAGAUUGUGAGGCGUAAUUAAUGUUUGUAAAGCACUUUGAGAUCCUUAGCUGAUGGGGAUCUUUAAGUGCAAAGCAUUAUUUUAUUAUUAACAGCCAUGUCAGAGCUCCACGCAGCUGGGGUGUGAAUGGGUGGGAACAGUAGCCAGUAGAAACAAAUACAUAUGGUAGCUACCUAAGUGGCUAAGAAGGAAAUUUUAAACAAUAAUCAGAUGGUAGCAGCAACGAUAUUAUGUUUGUGUUUCUUGUUUUGUUUUGUUUUUUUAACUCUGCUGAUUGUAGGAAUCUUCAGAAUACAAUAGAAUUCAAAAAAUCAGAGACGAUUGUAUAAAGGAUAUUGCAUUUCCUUUCCACUCACAGAUGGCAUCUGUCUGUCUUCUUGUCAGCCAAAUGGGAAAUAAAACACUGCAAUUCUCACAUUAGUCGGUAGAAGUGGAGAACAUACUGUAUGUAAGAACAAUAGAGCUAAAACGACCUUAUUUUAGGAAUGCAUUCCUUUUGUCCUCUAGAAAUUAAUAUAAAUGAACUAUCUUUUGUUGACUGGUUUAUCUCACAUCCUAUGAAUGUAUGUAAAUAAAACUGUACAUAGAUGCAUAUCUAUAUAAAAUAUCUUUUAAUAACAUAUCAAAAUUUGUGUAAAUUGGAAACAAAAAUAUCUAUAAAGCCAGUGUACAUAAGUUACAAUUCUGUAUAUUUUCUUUUGUUCUUCAUAAAAUAUAUUUACUUUGACAAUAAAAUGAAAAUGGAAAUUUUAAA